UUCAUUUUUUUAAUUCUAAAGUUUAAAAGUGAAAUCAACUUCUACCUUUAUCUAGCUAAAAACAGUAGAUCCUUCUCAUUAAUAUUAAUGAAAUAAAUCCAACUUUUAUUUUUACUAGGUAGUGAUGUAUGUUAACUUCUAUAAUCCUUUUUACAUAAUAAUGGUAAACUUAUGAUUUUUAUGCUUUGCAUAAAAUGUCAUUACAAAUGAUUUCUGGAGAUUUUUAAAUGUAGUUAUGAGUUUUGCUGUGACAAGAACAUAUAGUUAGAUAAAAUAGGAAGGUAUGUUAUAACAUUAUUUCCAUUCAAAUAUGUGAUACAUUUCUCGUUUUUCUUUAUAAAGUCUCAUUAAUGUAGAAUUAUUUGUUGUAUCUUAUUUUAAAACAUUCAUGUGUAUAUUUUUAUUAUUUUUUUUCCUUUUCUUUUCCUGUUUCUUCUCUUUCGUCUGCUUCAAGCAGAAUCUGUUAUGUGACGCAGCUACGCUUUCUCCUCUUGCUACCAGUGUUAAUAAAUACAGGCAUAAUAUCUUUCACAAAAAGAACAAUUUACACAGGAACCAAAAAAACCCCAUAACAGUACUCAGAAUUAAAAAUAGGAAAGGAAUAGAUGUUAGCGACAACUUAUAUCAUCAGGUACCUAGGAAUAUUCUACAGUGUUACAGUAAUGAAGAAAAACACAAAGCAGAAGAUAUUGUAGAUCCUACUGAGUUAAAUAAAUCUGAGUCAAGACCAAAUAGUAAAUCAAGUCCAUUUAGGUCAACUAAUGGUACCUUGAUGGAUUUUAACUCCAAUUUUGAAAAGGAACCAGAUCGUAAAGUUGAAAAAAUUAAUCAAGACUGUUGUGAAAAUAAUAAACAGGAAUAUAAAAACAAGGAAGAGAAUGAGCUAGGCAAGAAUGAGAAAGAAAAGGGACACAUAGCUGAAGAUGUGAGUCACAACAACCACACGGAUCCAGAAGAAUCUGCUGGGGAGGACUGUGGUUACGCCACAAGCACUGCUGCAGUGAGGCAGUGUGCUGAGGAGGAGGCACAGGCAAACUCUGAAACUGAUGUGUCAGUCCAGCCAAGAAAUGAAGCGUCCCAGGUUUGAGUACAUGGCAGUCCUUUAUUUCUCUCUUGGCUGAGUUUUCUCAUAGCAGUAGUAUACGUAUAUGGUGCAAAUGGAAACAAAUCGUGUAGGAUUUGUAAAGAAUAUUAAUUGUUAAUAAACUUCUCCUUAAACCCUAAUAUUUGACUAGUUCCUACAAAAACUUAGUGGUUGUACAUUUCCUGAUUCAUUUUUGUACUCACUGUUUUACCGUUGGUAUUCGCUUAAAAAGUAUUAGAUUAGAUAACAGAAUAACAAAAAUAAGGCACUUUAGAUGAGUUCGUUUUGCCUUAGAAAUUUCUACUUCAGCAUGCUGUAAGAUCUCACUGCAAGUAAAAUUUCACUACAAUGAAUAAUAUCAGUAAAAAUCUGUUAUGAUGCUGUGUAACAUUCUAACAUAUAUAGCAAGUUCCUUUGAUGGUCUUUUUGCCUUGUAUUGUAACAGAUACUUUUUUAUAAUGAGAAAAGGAAGCUUACAUGUAUUGCCUAGGUAUACUUUUCACAAUACUCUGCAGAGAAUUAUUUCUACUUUAUGUGGGAAGCUUGGAGAAUAAGUAACAUCUCUAGUGAUCAAGAAGAUGCAGAACCAGGAUUUAAAUGCAGGUCUGAUUCUACAGUUUAUGCACUUUCUACAUACACACACUACUUUUGGUCAAUUUAUUCAACAGAAUUAAGAAGUUUGUUCCCAGUUGAAAUCAAAUAGCAUUCAUUCAUUCAUUCAUUCCUUUCCACUUCAGAUAUUCCAGUCACCUAAGUCCUCAUUCUCAUUAAAUCAGACAUUUAAAUUAAGAGAAAAUGGAUGAAAAUGUCUUAAUUCUUAUUUCGUUUCCUUAUCCAGGUACAUAAUGCUUCUUUUUUCACUUGAUAAUAAGUAAUUGAGAAUUUGAGACUUCCACUGUGUGUUAUCGCUAACUCUCAUCCACUAAGAAUUUGACUUUUGGCAGUGUAUACCUUUUAACAGGAUUCUUCUUCUAUAGAACAAUUUGGAAGUUCCCCCAAAAUUGAUUAUACAAGGAUUUUAUUUAUUUUACUUUUAUAGAAGUUUCAUUAGAAUUUAUUUUCCAAAAAUUUGGACAAUCUCAACUAAUACUUUUGUUUUGUUUUCUGAGAAUAGGAGGAAAAAAAUGAUCCACAUUCACUUACACAAAGAAUUACAUCCAUAUUUUAGUGAGGAGAACUGUUGAAAAAAUUCAGCAGUUCAUGUAAUAUCAUCAGAUAGAAUUAUUCUCUUCUGUGAAUGAAAUUUUGUAUAUUUUGUAUCUAUCAGUUAGGGGUACUUAUUAUCAUUUAUUAAAUAGCUAUCAUAGACUGAAGAGAUGAAGUAAGGGAGACAGAAGAGCUCAGGGAUAGGGAACUAUAGAUUUCCAUGUCUGAAGAGAUCUUAAAAAUCAUCCUGUCUAGUGCCUUCAUUUGUAAGAUGCAAAAACAAAGGACCUUGCAGGUGGCAUGAUUUGCCUAGUGUUAACCUUAAUAGUAGUAGAAUCAGAAUGUAUACUUGGGUUAUCUGACAGAGAAUAAGUAGGAACAUAUUGCUGUAGUUUACUGACACCAUGAAAUAUGUCUGUCUUCUUUUUCUUGCCACUAUAUAUGUUCAUACGCACACACAUUCCCUCAAACAGUUAGAAAUCAGGUAGAUACAUGCAGUGUUUCUGCCAGUGUUGUGUUGUAUGCCCUCAGGUCAGAAUCAAAGGUCAGCCCAGAAUUUCUUUACAUUUCUGUAUCCUAUUUUCUAAUUUCUUUACUUUUACUGCACUUUACCUAAGAAAACUUUUUCUUAUUUUUACUUUUUUUUUUUAACCUAAUGGUGAAUAUGUCAGAAUGUAUUUAACCUACUGCUAAUUAAAAAGAUGUUACAGAGCCAUGUAUAAUAAAUGUAUUUAUAGAAUAUUAUACUUUAAUAAUAAUAAUAUAAUGUGUAGUAUAUAAAUAUAUAAUAUAAUAAUAUGAUAAUCAUAAUAAUGUCUGUGGAGUUAUUGAGUUGAUAGUCGAUCAAGCCAAUAGAGAAUGGAAUGGGGGAGAAAAAACUAAAGCUGUUCUGAGUGCUUUCACAAAAUUAUCUCAUAUAAUGUUCUUAACAAGCUUAUGAGGGUAAGGGGUAUUCUACCCACUUUAUAGGAAAAAGUAACCAAGCACAGAUUUCUCUUUCAGAUAAUCUAUAGCUUAGAAUGAGAACUGAAAAUGAACAUAAAUAAUAACCCAAGGUGGAUUCAUGCCAAAAGAAAUGCAAAUAAAGUGUUCCUGGAUUUCAGAGGAGGGAGUGAUUACUUUAGCUCAAGGAAUGAUGAAUAGCUUUCUAAAGGAGGAGGAAUUGAGGCAUUUUUGUAGGCUUGUAGAUUUGUUUGCUAGGGCCACCACAACAAAACACCACAGAGUUGAUGGCUUAAACAACAGAAAUGUAUUCUCUCAGUUCUGAAAGCCAGGAAGUCCAAAAUCAAGGUAUCGACAGAGUUGAUGGCUUCUUUAGGCCAUGAGGGAAGGAUCUGUUCCAGGCCUCUCUCCUUGGCUCACAGAUGGCUAGCUUCUCCCCGUCUCUACAGUGUCUCCCUUCUAUGUAUGUCUGUAUGUCCACAUUUCCCUUUGGUAUAAGAACAUCAGACCUUGUUGGAUUAAGGCCCACCCUAAUGACCCUGUUUUAACUUAGUUAUCUCUGAAAAGGCCCUAUCCUCCAAUAAGGUCAUUCUGAGGUAUUGAGAGUUAGGACUUCACAUAUGAACUUGGGGCUGGGUGGGGGUUGGGGCAUGAGACAAUCUGUAACAGGUAACAGUACUUUAUUUUUGCCCUGGAAGGACCACCACAAAUUCGUUUAGUCAUUAUGAGAGUAUACAUGGAGGCAUUAUAUGCGUGGACAUUAUUAACUCAUACUGACUUUGCUUUCUAUAUUAAUUACAACAGACUGAUUACCUUUUCUCAUGUGAGUUUGUUCGUUUAUGGUUGUUUUCUCUAGAGUUCUCCAAUUUUCUCAUUCCUUUGAGGAAAAAUGUUCCCCUUUCAGCGUAGUGUUCUCUUAUCCAGUGUGUCUUAUGUAGCUUUUAUAUGUUAUACCUUAAAAAUAUUCCUAACUUCAUUUUC